AUGAACCUCCUAACCCUCCUCCUCACCACCCUCUCCCUCCUCCCCACGCCCUCCUACACCCAAGAAUCCUCCUCCUCAUCCUCCUCUGAUGACUCCUCCCAAUCCACCUCCUCCUUCACCGUGACCGCCUACCGCUCCGACUCCCCCAUCAACAACCUCCCACUAACCAUCUUCUCCGGCCGCUUCUACCUCGGCGGCCGCACCUCCUCCUACUGUCCUCCAGGUGUAGCCUCCGAGGGCGAAUGUCCCCCAGGAAACGAAACCAUUAUCGUUGGUGGGAAUGGCCUAAUUCGCGAUGUGUCGUGGGAAACCCUGCGGGCUUUAUCACAGGUGAACCGCCAGUGGAACCGGAUUACGGCGCCGAGUCUCUAUAAAGAUCUUACUCUCCGCCUGAAGCCGAACGAGCCACCUCACAGUGUGCUUCAGCUGCUAGACGCCACUCUCGUCUUGCCGCAUAUCAGAUAUCUCACCCUCGUGGAUCCCACCACCUCGGACCUAGGUGAUAUCAACGUAGGGAGGUAUCUCAAUGAGACGCGCCCCGAGAAUAUCGAUGUCCCUCCCAUACUGCGCGCGUACAAAGGGGAUUGGGACCCGAUUAUCUCCCUCCUCCAACGGUUGGUGUGUCUGAAGCGGCUUCAUCUUUUACUGUACCCAUCAUACCCGCCGGCACUGCUGGAUACCCUAGCGGAGACUCAUCCAGACUGUCACGUUUCGGUGUUCUCCGCCAGCCCCGAUACCUACCGAGCGGAUAUCACGCGAAAUAAAUGGAUCCGCUCUCCCGUGGUGAAGGCCGCUUGGAUCGUCUACUAUGAACAUCCCAAUGGCCGCUUCUACACCGAGCAUCCGGAUCGCUUUCUGCGGAACAUUCUCCGUCAAGCGCCGGGGAUCAAGCGUCUGACGUUGCAGAUCAGCGCCACGCCGGGCCCCAGCUCCUGUCAGCGGUACACCAAGUGGCUGCAGGCGCAGCCGUCGGAGGACGAGAUCAAUACCCAUCCACGCGCGCAACUGGAAAUGCUUUCAUUCCCAUUGAUAAGCAAGAUGACCGCGCAGAACCUGCAGGCCUGGUCCCGGGUUACCGAUCUGGGAUAUCUCACCGCGUUGACCGCCGGCGCCAUCGAGGACAUCGCCCUAUUAACAACCAUCGCCGAACUGCAGCCCUUCCGGGCCCUAAAGCGACUAACCCUCGCCCUGAACUCCCCAGAAACCUCUCCCACCUGGCUCUCGGCAGUCAAAGCCAUGUUCAACGCCCUCCCGCCCCUGAUCUAUCUCUGCCUGCUGGGGUCCUACCACCCGGAAUGGCUCCCCACCGCUAUCCUGGACCGCCACGGCCCAACGCUAACCGAGCUGCAGCUGCACAGGCCCCGACCCUGGUUCCAGAACUACGAGUCCUACCGACUCGCGCGGAAGGGGCAAAUUGCUCCGAUCUUCCCUGCGGACGUGAUCGCCAACAUGGCGGCCCGCUGCCCUGUCCUACAGACGCUGCGGAUCACCGUGCAACGAUACCGGGGCCACUCAACCGAGACGGCCGCUUACGACGCCCUAGGCCGUUUUCCAGCCCUCCACACACUGGACCUUCACCUCAACUGCCUGCCCGUGAUGGUCUCAGGCUAUGAGACCCCGUUCCCCCCACGGGAGCUCACUGCGUACGAGUGCCAGACGAUCCAAACCUGGCAGGGCAGCCUUCCCAAGUGGACGGUUCGGGACACCGCUAUCAACAGUGCGUUCGACGAAACGCUAGCUACAGCGAUCUUCACGCGCAUCUGGGCCCAGAAAACGGGGAGUUCCCUCCGAGUGCUCCGACUGCACCCCCUCUCGGGUCAGGCUGGGCAGUAUCAGGGAUCCACGGGCAUCACGGCCCAUGCGCUGCUCGGAGAUGGGGAUUACCACCAGGAGAUGGGUGGCGCGUGGCAGGUCGAGUGGGAUGGGGCCAACGGGAUACGGGUGGAGAACCGGUUCAAGCCGAAACGCAAACGGGGCCAGACGAUGCGGAGUAUGGAUUUGGAGAUCUUCGAGUCUAUUUGGCCGUCGGGUCGAGAAGAAAAGACCUGGCCUAUGGAAUGGCGUAGCUGGCCGUUGCAGUGAGGGUUGCUGAGUUGC